CGGGUCACCAGGCAUCAGGUCAUUUGGCUCAACAGCGGGCACCGCGUCAUCUGGCAAGGCAGUGGGCUCCGAGUCAACAGGCACGACAGUGGGCACCGGGUCAUCAGGUACCGGAUUGUCUGGCUCGACAGCGGGCAUCGGGUCACCAGGUAUGACAGCGGGCACUGGGUCACCAGGCAUCAGGUCAUUUGGCUUGCCAGCGGGCACCGCGUCAUCUGGCAAGGCAGUGGGCACCGGGUCACCAGCAUUGGAUCGUCUGGCUCGACAGCGGGCAUCGGGUCACCAGGCAUCAGGUCAUUUGGCUCGCCAGCGGACACUGCAUCAUCUGGCAAGGCAGUGGGCACCGAGUCACCAGGUAUGACAGCGGGAUCUCUGAGUCAAUUGGCACGACAGCGGGCACCGGAUCAUGUACUGGAUCAUCUGGAUCAACAGCGGGCAUCGAGUCAACUG